AUGAGUGCAACUCCGAGUCGGCAGAAGAGUUAUGCUGAUAACCAAAGGCGACCAUUGGAAUUCAACAUAGGGGAUCAUGUGUUCCUCAAGAUAUCACCCAUGAGGGGAGUGAUGCGAUUUGGAAAGAAGGGGAAGCUCAGUCCUCGAUUUAUUGGACCACUUGAGAUCACCCAGAGGAUUAGGAGAUUGGCGUAUAGAGUCGCCUUAUCCCUAGAUUUGGUCAGAACGCAUGACAUUUUCCACAUGUCAAUGUUGUGGAAGUACAUUGCUAAUCCUGAUGCGAUUGUGGAAUACGAGUCGUUGGGAAUCCAGGUGGGAUUGACCUACGUUGAAGAACCAAUGAAGAUCAUGGAUAAGAAGAAGCAAGUACUACGUACCAAGACGAUCCCUAUCGUUAAGUUGUUUGAGGACAACGUAGUGCCAGUUAAUGGAUGGGAGGAGAUAGCCCAAGAACCUACUGAGCCCGAUAACAAUGACUCUACGAAUGAAAGGACUAAUAGAAGGUUUUCCGUAGAUUUGGGAAACCUGGAUCAUUUGGAAUACUCAAAGCGUUAUACGACCCAGGGGCAGAUCCAGGGGGGUCGAGGGGGGGCAUCCGCCCACCCUCAACUCCCAAAAAUCCCCCCUAGUAUGGUGCAGCCUGCUUUGGACUUUGGAGUGGAAAAAAUAAUAUUGUAA